CAGUUGGAGCGAACCGAACGCAGUGCGAGCACGAGAUUCCGGGAGUGAGCGAACGAAUCUCCCAUCCACACACUCAUCAUCAACACUGAUCGAUCGCGUCAAUCUUGUAUUGUUUAACACAAUUAAUCGUCAUCUGGCAGUGCCAUAGUAAGAUAGUGCGUUGUUUCCGUGCGUUCAGUUUAGUAUCGGGUGUCUUUAAUAACCGCCGCGACACCAACAAUCUGCAGAUAGUUUUAAGCCUUCCGAUCAUUGUUCUGUUAGUUGCUCGCCGCUCGCUCGCCUACCGUUAUCCUGGUGCUGUUCUUCAAUGUUGGAGUAUUAGCAAGUCUUCGUUUUCGUGCACGGUGUAAUCGUACUUCGGGUAAAAACAUCGAGCAGUAAUUCCUGUGGUCGUGGUGGGCGCACUACUACUCUAGGUUACCGUAACCGCCAUUUAACCGACGGCUUUCAGCCGUGUGUCAAGUGUUGCGCAUAUGUGACAUCAACGGUCUUUAAUGAAGCAUCGUAAAGGUACGAUCGUGUGUUUUGGAAUUCAGUGAGCACAUUCAAUGCUGUAUCGUAAAGUGUCGUAAAGCGUCGCCUGGUAAAAAUGGUGGCAAAAUAAGCCAUAGCAAUGUGCCAUACUAUGUGGUGCAUCCGAAUCAGAGCAGUUGCCAUCAGCAUCGACAUGGUGCGUAGUCGUGCAGGUUUCGAACAAAUCGCCUAAGGAGUGUUGGUGUGCAAAAGGUGCAAACUAGAUUGCUUGUCAGACAGCCGGAAUUGAUUUGUUUGACAAACGCUCAUCAGGAUCAGUGCGUGCGCGUGUUAUCAUUUAUCGAGUCUUCAUGGGGGCAAUAGUGUCACAGUGGAAAAGGAAGAAAAAGCCGAACCCCUAGUGAUUGAGUGUCGAUCGAGCCUAGAAAUCUAGCAGCAAGGCACCCAAGAGCGGGCCAGUAAAGUUGCGCGAAUCGGUAGUGCUGAAACAAACCGCCAGGUACUGCGUGCAAAGCAGUACUGAUUCAGAAUGCCGGAAAAAGAAACUUUCCACGAGCAUAUGCAAGUGCACCCGUUCCACCAUCCGAGCCACUCCCUGGCCGCGCACCAUGUGCAUCACCAUCCUCAGACAGGACUGUCCGCACAUGGGUUAAGCGCAGCAGCUGCGGCUGCAGCGGCAGCGGCGGCAGCCGCAGCCAACGGAGCCGGAUCCGCCGGAACUGGUGCGUAUGGGCCGCUGCAAAUCCCGUCGGCAUUUGUCGCAUUCCAUACGCAACUGCCUGCUGCAGCGGGGCUUGAUCAGCGAGCACCCCAUGACGGGCGUUACCUUUGGGAUCCUACCGGAUCUUCGUCUGCAGCAUCUUUCCAUCAUCCCCAUCACACCUCACCUCAUGGCUUGCCAAGUAAUGCAAAUUUUGCAGAACUACAGUUUUUGAGUGCUCGUCGGGCAGCCGUGGCAGCAGCGGUCGCUAGCGCUGAAGUUGCACAAGUCAGCGGAACAGUAUUACCUCCUCAUCCACCAGCUCCGGCAACCGUGGUUCCGUUAACUAUUUCUCCGCCGGCCACGUCUGGUGCAUCGUUAAAGGGGGACGGCGAGAGAUCCUGCAGCACCGGUACGACACCGAUCGGUAACGGAACCUCACCGACGGCCGGCGGAGGUACCGGCGCGUCCAGUCCCGGUCUUCCAACGCCAAACGGAACCACCGGAACGACUGCCGGGCAGACCAACAUCCCCGUGCCGGUACCGCAUCCUAGUGAUUUCCAUCCUGCCUACAGAAUACCGGGAUAUAUGGAGCACCUGUACUCAUUACAACACGCUUCGGCGUCACUCCACGGUCUCGGAUUGACAUCGGAGUACAUCAAUGCUAGGAACGCAAUUGCCGAUCUGCAUCCAGCCAGCUCCCUAGCCAGUGCGGAUUUUCAUUUCAGCAUUGACGCAGCCAGCCGACUGAACAGUCCACGUCCGGGCAGCAUUCGGGCCAGUGUUAGCCGAAAGCGGGCCCUUUCAUCAUCGCCAUAUUCCGACUCGUUCGAUAUUAGCUCUAUGAUACGAUACUCCCCAAACUCUCUAGCCUCUCUAGUGAACGCGUCGCGCAGCAGCAGCACUAGCGGGUCCUAUGGCCACUUGUCGGCCAGCGCACUUAGUCCUGCUCUGGGAAUGCACAACGCAAUGCCACCUCACCUGCAGCAUCUGCUCCGUAGCAGUGGCUUUCUUCACACCCUGCCCGGUCAUCAUACACCAUCGGCCAGUAUGUUCUCGUUGUCACAUCAUCCGCUGCAUGCAGGCCAUUCAUUGAAUAAGCCCCAGCAAAUAACCGACCUGUCCAACAAACGACAAGAGCAACCGUCAUCCAGCUCCCAAGUGACUCGCGUCGAGGCGGACAGUGCUAGUAAUGCUCAGCAGAAAAAGUUACGAGUCAAGCGAGAAAGCGCUCCGCAUCUUUAUUCGCAGAAAACGAAUGCACAAGACGACUGUUCAGCAAUGAUAACUUCAAACCAUCUACCAAGCCCCACUUCCACGCAAGGACCUACGAAUGGCACGAUUUCAACCACAUCUGUUACGAAAAAUGGGGGACUUAACUUAAGUCCAAUGCAACGAGACUCAAGUACCGCAGGCCAGGCGUCAGAACGCAGUGCCGCGCAUGCUGGCGUUGCGAUGGACAUAAGCUGCAACGGCAAUGGUAUGGGAGAUGGUGGAAUGUAUGGAGAGGAAAGUGGUUGUCGUGAUGGUGGCACCAGAGCGGAUACUACGGACCCGAAAGAUGAACCAGGAGAUUUUAUCGAAACCAACUGCCACUGGCGUGAAUGUUCGUUGGAGUUUAACACACAGGACGAGCUAGUGAAGCACAUCAACAACGAUCAUAUACACGCGAAUAAGAAAUCCUUCGUGUGUCGCUGGGAAGAUUGUUCGCGGGAUGAAAAACCGUUCAAGGCGCAGUAUAUGCUUGUAGUCCACAUGCGACGUCAUACGGGCGAAAAACCGCACAAGUGUACGUUUGAAGGGUGUUGCAAAGCAUAUUCCAGACUUGAAAACCUUAAGACUCACCUUCGCUCACACACCGGCGAAAAGCCAUAUACCUGUGAGUAUCCCGGAUGCAGCAAGGCAUUCAGCAAUGCGUCUGAUCGUGCCAAACAUCAAAAUCGAACGCACAGUAAUGAGAAACCGUAUGUUUGCAAGGCGCCAGGAUGCACCAAAAGAUACACGGAUCCCAGUUCGUUGCGAAAGCACGUCAAAACGGUACACGGUGCUGAAUUUUAUGCGAACAAAAAACACAAGGGCAACAAUUACGGUGGCGGUGGCAGCAAUGGCGGCGAUGGUCCUGGAGAGGAUGGCGAAGGCUCGAACCAUAUGUUCGAUAGCAGUCCACACAGCGAGGACAAGACGACGAGCAUGAGCAGUCCUAGCAUCAAGUCGGAAUCGGAUGCUAAUUCACCGAGCCAUCCCCCCAUCAAUAGUCCCAUGUCAUUGUCCGCGCUUACUGCCGGGCUUGGUGAAGACUACCACGAUGGUAACAACAUGCAGAUGAGUAACAUCGUAGGCAUAGAUGACCCUGUCUGGCCGUAUGUGGAUGAAGAUCUGGAAGUGGCUGACCUGCCGUACGUACUGCGGGAAAUGGUAGAUCUAGGUGGGCCUACCGGCACCGCCACAGUGUCGGCUCGUAACAAUCCAAGGAAUCGGUUUAAGAAUCGCAUCAACAACAAAGGUUCACUGCUGGGCAGCAGCCCGUUGUCCAACAUUCCGGAAAUGAACAGCCAAAACAUGCAAAACUAUGGACUAGGCGACCUUAACAAAAAGAUUACUGAUCUCAAGAUGGAACCGGGAGUUACGCCUCCUCCUCAACCAAUCUCACAUCCUUCGCCCACCAUCGGAAAAACCGGACAGACUGACCCGAUGCGUCCGUUACUACCCCCAGCCACCACGUCCACGACGAUGAUGAUGAUGAAUGCGUAUCUCAAUCCUGCCGCAGCUCAGAACCGUCGCGAUAGCAACAACAGUACAACCAGCAGCUCAUACUACAGCAUGCGCUCAGCGGAUAUUAGCCGGCGGAGCAGUCAAACAUCGCAGCAAAGCACAAUAUCAACCAUGCGGCCAAGUUACUAUAACUCUUCCUCACUGUACGAUCCUAUUUCGCCGGGCAGUUCGCGUCGGUCCAGUUCCAUGUCAACGGUUACAACCGGUGGCCAGAGUUUGCCUCCUCCACCUUCCUCGCAUCUGAUAUCUACACACCUUCAGCGAUUUGGAGGAAACGGGCAAAUGGGUGGUUCCAUGAACACUGCGGCGGGAGGACACUCUAGUGGAAAUGGAAACGGAACCCGACAUUCAAUACCGAACAACAUGACCAAUGGUGGAUUUUACGGUUCGCAGCAAAACGCUCUAUCCUCACAGGUGGACCGACGUAUGUCGGAACCCGUUGCUAGCGGUACGAGCGCAAUCGGUACCGGAUCAAUGAUGGGACGCUUGAACUCUCAGUACAUGAACCGCCGUAUGGGCACAGCUAAUAAUGCAACAGCAACACGUGGUAACCCAUCCUCAACCAUCACAUCCGUACCUACAUGCACAGCAACUUCCGCAGUAGAAUCGGGAGCAUCGACAGCGAAUAGCAAACUGGCGGCUCCUCCUGCCACAGGCAAACUGCAUCCUAACCAGGAAGUAGUGCUGGAUGAGGUAGAAGAGGGAGAAAUGGUAGAAAACAAGCUGGUUAUACCAGACGAUAUGUUACAGUAUCUCAACCAGGUUGCCGAUAUGGCUGGUGAGACGGGAUCUAACAGCAAUAUGCCAGCCAACUCAAAUGCUCCUACAGGCAGCGCUCUUACGAGUCCCCGAAGUAACGCUUGGAACACACCGCAGCACGAGAGCGAACCCUGUCCCACUAACAACAAUCCAAUGGCCAUGGGACACUCAGAAUCUUCUACCAGUAUGAUGGCAAACUUUGCUCAGCCGCGAUCAGCAACGGCCAACAUGCUGAUGAGCCCACAGUCUCAGUACAGCAAUGAUGAGUCCAGUCUUAUGAACAACAUCAUGUCCCCGCAGGCACCGCAGCAUCAAAUGAUGUCGCCGAUGAUGCCAGAAAGUGUACCGGCGCCAGUGACACCUACCUCUAGCAACUACUCGGCACCGGUGGCAAAUAUGCCACCGCAACAACUGCAAUCACAAGCUACGCAUACUCCAGUGCAAUGUCAAAUGAUGCACAACGGUGUACAGAAUUUCGGCAACGAAAGCCACAACUAUCCUUUGGCUAACGGCGCUAAUUGCUAUUCUCAACAGCAGCAGAUGCCACAGCAGCAGCAGCAACAGCAGCAGCAACAACAGCAACAACAUCAACUACAACACCAGCAGCAACAACAGCAAUCGUGCCACGGUCGACCUCGUCCAAUUGCUUGUUCCAACUUGAUCGGGUACUAUCACAGAACCGAUCAAAGUGCUCACCACUGUUGCCUGGCUAUGAUGAUGCAAGGAUCACUGCACAUCAACCAACCAACCAAUAGCGCACCCAGCGAACAGCAGCAGCAGCAGAAUGGCAACGGUUCGCACCAGCAACAGCCACAAAUGAAUCAGUUUAAGAAUCCUUUCAGUCUUAACCUCGCCAGUUUUAAUACGGGUAAUAACGCAAAUCAAAACGCCGCAGUCCUGGGAGCCAACCUGGAUUCGAACAUCGAGAUACAAUGUGGGGACAUCAGUCAGUCGCAGAUGUCGCCGGCGAUCGCAGCCAUGGCUCCGUCUAGCAACAAUCCUGCACUUGCCGUGGAAACCCGGCAACAUGCAGCGGCAGCCAUUGAAGUGGCGCCACCAGUGCCAUCUCAACAACCGAUGGAAAGCAGCCUGCAAACGCCUCCCCUGCCUUCUACGCCUACCGGUUUUGGCGAAACUGUACCGGGGCCGCAACCAGCACCCUUACCAAUGUCCCUUAACGCUGAUGCCGGCUUGGCGAUAGGCCAAACUGACAACGGAAAUGCUAUGGGUUCGGAUACGUACCAACGUACGCUGGAAUAUGUGCAAAACUGCCAGAAUUGGAACGAAUCCGCCGAUAUGGUCAGCAGUAGCACACAUCCGUCAUCAAAUCUUGUCAUAAACGAUAUGAGCACAUCGUUAAGUUCGUACUUUGAAGAGGAUCGCUACCUGCAGAUGAUGCAAUAGAUAUUCGAUUGCCAUUAACGAUUACAAGCAGAUUUCUCACAGAACAUAGCAACGACGCAUAGUUUGUAAGAGCCGUUACUCGCCCCGUCUCCGUGCUUGUUCACAUGAUUGCGCAACACUACAAGCAUUUAGCAUUUAGGGGCGGUCCACCGGUCAAGGCGAUAACGGCGACGGUCUUUACACGGCAGGACCGGGUUCAAAUCCUAUCCAGACCGCCUCCCCGUACGCAGAGCUGACUACUUUGCUACGGGUAAAAUCAAGUCACAGAAAGCCAGAAUUGGCCGGACGAGACCUCUCGAGGUUGUGGUGCCAAGGCAGAAGAAGAAGAGCAGAUCGUGUCGUGAGUGGAGUGGAUGAUAGGCGAUGAGGCGCAUGUGAAUUAGUAUCCCGUUUACUUUAAAUAGCGCUUGUGAAGGACUGUAGUUAUUUUCAUUUAUUCUGAAAAUAAUUUCCUGUUUUUAUUUUAGUACUUUUUGUGUUUUAGUUUUAUUACAAACAUUUUUUUUAUGUACAUAGACCAUUGCAAGCUAUGUACGAUCAGUGCUAAAAGUGGCAAAUGGUAGUGUUGUGAGUGUUCAUUGGUAAACGAUAACAUUAUCGGCAAUGGAACACCUACUACCAAGGUUUAAGCAGGUUUGGCUAGUAGUGUAUGAAAUAAGAAAUUUGCAACAUAAUUAUUAUUAAUUGUAAACGCUUGAACUAGCCGGAAAGCAAUGAGUUACAGCAACAGAGAAUGGAAAUAAAUGAUUCGUUAAAUAUUGAUGAAAUUA